UUGUUCUCAGAAAAACAGUCCGGAAAAGAAAGUCAUUUUUCCGCUCUUGUGUAGUGGCCCAUUCUUUCUCUGCUGUCUUGAGAUUUUUCUACGUAAUUCACAGAGCAUGACUUUCAAAAACAGGAUUGUAUGAAGUAGAGACCUGAUUAGGCAGUAGCAAGUGGGAAACUGCUCAGUGAUUCAGGAGGGCAUUUAAGAACUGAAACCGAAACCUAAAGGCAAAUGGACCUAACCAACCACAAUGUAAAGUUUGUGGAUUUACACAAGGCAGAGCUCAUUCAGAAGGUCACCAUGGUUAUGCCCCUGUCUGACAAGCUGCAGUCAAAGGGGAUGCUCCACGAGGAGGCCUACGCAGAAAUCAGGGCGGAAAAGACCAGACAGGAGAAAAUGAGGCGACUCUUUGAUGCUAUGCAGUCUGGAGGAAUGAAGUCUGCUUUUUACACUUUACUGCAAGAGAUCGAACCUCAUCUGCUGAAAGACUUGGGGGAGAAUAGCAGUAAUAAAAGGAAAAGAAGCUUGUCCCCUUUCACAAGUGAGAGUCAACCGAAAAGGAGACACAGCGAUCCAUAUGUUCCUCAAUCCAAGUCGUCAAUGGCUACAACACAAAAGUCUGCCUCCACUGCUAACGACUAUAAUGAUGAUGAUGAUGAUGACUCUGAGGACUCUAAGGACUCUGAUUAUGAGUUUGAUGAUGAGUAUGAUUGUGAUGACUUAGUAUUAGAUGAUGAUGAUGAUGAUGAAGAGGAGAAGGAGGGGGAGAGUCAAGAAGAUGAGGUGGAUUAUGAUGACUUAGUCUUAGAUGAUGAUGAUGAUGAUGAGGAAGAGGAGAAGGAGGGGGAGAGUCAAGAAGAUGAGUCUCAGGCUAAAGGACAGCAACACCACUAUCCCAGUUGA